CUGUGAGGAGAGGAAGACAUCCACCUGUUGCCUGGAACAUUUAUUCUAUCAGUUCAUCAUCAAGACAAUGGCGCACAGAGGCAGCGUUAAACCGUUCGUCCACUUCAACGCCAAAUCUGAUGCUGACAUUCUUCACAAAGCCAUGAAAGGAAUCGGAACAAAUGAAGACACUAUCCUGAUGCUUCUGACGGCUCGCUGCAACGAUCAACGACAGCAGAUUAAAGCAGCGUACAAAAAAACCUACGGGAAGGACUUAGUCAGUACACUGAAGUCUGAGCUGGGUGGGCUGUUUGAGGAUCUCAUCGUGGCUCUGAUGACGCCUGCGGACCUAUACGACGCUUCUGAGUUGCACAAGGCUCUGAAGGGCGCCGGCACCGACGAUCAAGUCCUGAUUGAGAUCUUGGCCUCCAGAAGCGGCGAAGAGAUUAAAGAAAUUGUUAAAGUCUACAAGAAAGAGUUUGGUGGUAAACUGGAGAAAGAUAUCUGCAGUGACACUGGAGGGAGCUACAGGAAGCUUCUGGUGAUCCUGCUACAGGGGAGCCGAGAAGAGGAGGUAGAUGAGGACAACAUUGAAAAUGACGCCAAGGACUUGUAUGCUGCUGGUGAUGGCAAGGUUGGCACCGAUGAGGAAAAAUUCAUCACAAUCCUUGGCAACAGGAGCGUGGAGCAUCUCAGGCAAGUAUUUGAUGCCUACAAGAAGCUCUCUGGCUCUGACAUAGAGGACAGCAUUAAAAGCGAGACGUCUGGAAACUUAGAGAAUUUGAUGCUCGCUAUUGUGAAAUGUGUCAGGAACGUCCCGGCCUUUUUCGCAGAGAGCCUCUCUAAAUCCAUGAGGCGAGCUGGAACGGAUGACAAAACCCUGACGAGGAUCAUGGUGUCCAGGAGCGAGGUGGACAUGUUGGACAUCAGAGCAAACUUCAGGAAGAUGUAUGGACAACCUCUUUACACCACCAUCCAGGAGGACACAGACGGAGACUACCAGAAGGCGCUGCUGUACCUCUGCGGAGGGAAAGAUUAAUCAUGUUUAUGACGUGUUCAGCAGCGCUGAGUGAUGAGCUGCUGCGAGACAAAUCUAUA